AGCAUUCCCUGUUCGCAGCCUGGCUGCGCUCUGUGCGUCAUCUGUCUUGCCCUCUCCUCUUCGGCCACGCAGCUCCUCCCAGCUAUUGGCAGCAGACCCGCAGGGCAGUGUGCCUCGGUGGCACUGAGCUAUAGCUUGGCCAGCAGCCCGGCCUGCUGGCUUGCUGCCCACCCGGUGGGUCCCGCCUUCAGCAAGGACACCCGAGCUUUCGUGCCUGCCUCGCUGAGCCUGCGUCCUCCUCCAGUCGUCCCUCCAGCCACUCUGCUGAGCCCUGGAGCCAUGGCCACCUCGUCUGCAAGGCCUGCGGUCCUGGCCCUGGCUGGGCUGGCGCUGCUCCUUCUACUGUGCCUAGGUCCAGGUGGCACAAAUGGAAACAAACUCAAGAGGAUACUCCAGAAACGAGAAGGACCUGUUUCAUCCAAGACUAAUGUGGCUGUGGCUGAGAACACAGCAAAGGAAUUUCUGGGUGGACUGAAGCGUGCCAAGCGGCAGCUGUGGGACCGCACACGGCCUGAGGUGCAGCAGUGGUACCAGCAGUUCCUGUACAUGGGAUUUGAUGAGGCGAAAUUUGAAGAUGAUGUCAAUUAUUGGCUAAACAGAAAUCAGAAUGGACAUGACUACUAUGGUGACUACUAUCGGCGUCAUUAUGAUGAAGAUGCACCCAUUGGUCCCCACAGCCCAGAAAGCUUUAGACAUGGAGCCAGUGUCAACUAUGAUGACUAUUAACCUCCCUUUCUGAGGUGCCACAAAGUCUCUGCCUUGCUUCAGUAGGACUUCUCUAUACAUACCAUGUGAACAACAAGGGCUAAAGGAAGGAACAUAAGUGCUUUUGCAUUUCAUGCAUGUGCUUAACACUAUGCCUCAUUUAAAAAUAGAAAUAAAAGCAUUUUUUUAAAAAAUAGAAGUAUCAGAAUUCACUUGGGAGAAAAUUGAACCAUAACAAUUCUAAUCGCCUCCAUGUUUGAAGUUAGCAUAACAUCUGAGGGCCUCAUAUUUGCUUCCAGGAACCCUAUUAGCACCUAGUCACAGAAUGAGUGAAAGCCAGGGGUAUUAAAGCACAGUCUGUAUUAAAUGCAAAAUAUUGAUUCAACAGGAAAAUCCAGUUGGUAAUGAAUUUUAGUCUUGGACAUGAUCUGGAGAGCUCUAAUCAUUGGACAGGCAAUGGGGUGCUUUCUCUGCUCCACAUUGCAGGCCAGAGCUAGGCCUAAUAAAAUACUACACAGGAAAGGGAGCACAAACUGACCUGAAGUUUAGCGAAUCUCAGAAUCACGAUUACAUAUUUUUAAAAUGUGCUUCAAUCAACUAAGAAAGAUUUUUUUUAAUUACUUCACAUUUCCCAUUGAACUUAAACAACCUGAGUGAAGGAAAAGAGAAGUGGUAUUGGGACAGGGAGAGCAGAAGGAGGAAGAAGAGGAAUGGAGAUGGAUGCUGGUGAAGAGGGUUAGAUGGUCUAGGCUGUGGCAUACCCAAAGGCCUAUGGGAGAUGAGAUGGAAAGGCAUGAACAACAUGAAAAGGGGUUUUUCAGACUGGGUGUCAUAUUUUGGUGGAUUACAGCACUCUCUGACAGCAUAAAAGUGUAUUACUGUUUUCCUAAAAAUUAUGUGCCAUUUUUGUAUAUCACUUCUGGAGUACUGUAACUCACUCCAAGAUCUAGGUAGUAAAUUACCUCAACUUAAUAGAGAGUCUUACUUCAGUAUGUAGUCCUUCUUAGGAAACAUGACUUCUGCAAACAAAAACUGUAAUAAAUAUAUACGGCAUGAAAUUUCCCAUUUAAAGCCAGGUAUGGUGGCUCAUGUUUGUAAUCCCAGCACUCUGGAAGCUGAGUAAGAAAGCUGAGUUCAAACCGUAAGAGAAGUUGCCUGAAACAAACUAAAAACAAGCAUUUAGCAAUUUCUAGUGUACAAUUCAGUGGGAUCAAGUACAUUUUCAUUGUUGUACAACCAUCACCACAAUCACCUUUAAAUAUUUCCAUCACUCCAAACUAAAUUCCCCAUGCCUGGUAAACCCCACUCUUUUCUUAUCUUAACGUUUUUUAGUUAACAUACACAAUGAUGGGUUUCUUUACAAUCUUUUUACAACCAAAAUCACUUUACUUUAAUUCAUCUACCUCAGAUCCUUUUAUCCCCCAAAUUGCC